AUGUUUGCCGUCGUCGUCUUUGCUGGGCUCAUCUACGCCCUUCUCGACCUCGCCCGAGCUGCCCUCGUCCUGUCGCUCGACGAGCAGAUCUUCACCGGCCAGCCGUUGUUUGAUUUCAUCGAGACCAUUGUGGGCUUCGACUACGUCGCAGCCGUCGUUCUUGCCCUCACGCCACCCGUCUCCUCCCGGUCGUCUUCGCCACGGACCUCGCCGCGUCGCCGGUCGUCCAGCUCGUCCCGUCGGCGCUGGACUGGCUCGACGCGUCACAGCUCGGUCAUCCGGUCGUGUCGCAGCUCGGCCAUCUCAUCUCGCCACUGGGCAGCCUCGUCUCGUCGCGCGCGCGUCUCAUCGGCGUCCCCUCUUCCCUCUGGCGCAUCGCCUCCUGCCUCCCCGACCGACUCGCCCACCUUCUUUGUCGGUGGCACGCGCCUCCAGCCGAUGGCAACCGUCGCCGCGCUCUCGUCCGGCGGCAUUACCCGCGCCUCGCCACCCGCUGGCCCUCGCGAGCUGCUCCUUGCCUGCUCUGCUCGGCCUGCGCGUUCCUUCGAGGAACGCCAGCGCGGCCCCGAGCCCCUCCACUCCGCGGUUAUGCUCGGCGCCGUCCUCAAGGUGUCCCUCGGCAAGGAGGGCACCAACCGUGCAGUCGACCCGUUUGCCUUUGACACUGACGCCGGCUUUAUUGCCGUCGCAUUCGACGGUGCCAAGGUCACCCAGAAGGAGGUCGACACCAUCCUCCCCCCUCACAUCGCGGCGGCCCUCGCGGCGAGCGAGGAGCUCUACUGA